GUAAAGUUAGUUGAAGUUGGCCUCUACCCAUUGAGUGAGAAAGGGGCCAUCCUCUCUCUUUCAUAAUCAUGAUCAUCAACCCAUAAAGAAAAUAUUAUAAAUCCAAUAAAAGGUGAAAGGUGUUAAGGAAAGAAAAGUUUAAUUCAUACAAGCAAAGAGGAACCUGAUUCAAAGUAUUUCUAGUGAGAGAAAGGGAAAAGAAGAAACAGAGAGAAAAAGAAAGGAGGGAGUUCUUGUUUUGAAACAAAAUCAAAUUAAUUCAAGAACCCAAAAGGAAAAACCAAUGGGAAUUAUUGAGUAAAAAGAUUUCAAAAGAAAACAACAGUAUGUUCUAUAGGAAAGGAGAAGGAGGCUAAAGACAGAGUCACAGAGUCUUCUCUGGCUGCUGUUUCUGCUGCUGCUGCUGCUCUUUCCUUCCUUUUUCUUAAUUUUUUCUUGUCUUUUUAGGCUUCUUUGCAUAAUUGGGUCUUGAAUAAGAGAGUUGAUUACUCAGUUAAUCUUCCCAUCCAGGUAGACAGACAGUAAUGCUUGGAACAUGGGAAAGAAAGGGAGUUGGUUUUCUGCAAUCAAGAGGGUCUUUUUAACCCACUCCAAAGACAAGCUAGCUAAUGAAUCAGAUAAGAAAAGCACAAAAGAAAAGAAGAAGAAGGGGCUAGCAAAACUAAGGCAUGGAGAUACCAAUUCAUUCAUUCCAUUGUUUAGAGAACCAAGUAGCAUUGAGAAAAUUUUGGAUGAAGCUGAGAGGGAGCAUAAAUUAAUUUUUAGGCCUCCUACACCUCCUGAGCAACCUAAAACACCACCCUUUGUGCCUCACAGAGUUGCUUCUCCUAGGGUUCCUUCUCAAAGAGUUAUCUCCCCAAGAGCUGCUUCUCCUAGAGUUUCUUCCCCAAGAGCUGCAUCUCCAAGGGUUGCUUCCCCGAGGGCAGCUUCUCCUAGGAAUGUCCAUCGCCAUAAGGAGAUAUACCAUAGACCAGAACCAACUCUCAGGAACCACCAUGCUUCAGCUACCAAGAUCCAAGCAGCCUAUAGGGGCUAUAUUGCAAGACGGAGCUUUAGAGCUCUCAAGGGUCUGGUGAGGCUUCAAGGAGUUGUAAGAGGACAAAAUGUGAAGCGGCAGACGAUGAAUGCUAUGAAAUACAUGCAACUCUUAGUCCGGGUUCAAUCUCAGAUUCAGUCACGGAGGAUCCAGAUGUUGGAAAACCAAGCACGACGCCAAGCUCAAUACAGAAAUGAUAAAGAAGUGGAGAGUACCUUGGGAAAAUGGAGCCUGGCAUCUGAGGCAGGUAAUGAAGAUUGGGAUGACAGCCUGCUAACAAAAGAGGAAAUUGAAGCAAGGUUGCAGAGAAAGGUGGAUGCAGUUGUCAAAAGGGAAAGAGCCAUGGCAUAUGCAUAUUCCCACCAGUUAUGGAAAUCAACUCCAAAAUCUGCUCAGUCAGCUCUAACAGACAUCCGAUCAAAUGGCUUCCCAUGGUGGUGGAACUGGUUAGAGCGUCAGCUUCCAGCAACAAAUCUUCCUGAAAGCCAAACCGUAAAGAAUUUUCAACUUACACCCCCGAGGCCACAUUCUGAGCUGAAGCCUAGUCCUCGACCAUCAUCAAGCAACCACAAGCAACAACGUUAUCAGUUUGAUAGUAUGGAUACUCCAACACCGAGAUCAAGUAAGUCAGUUGCAUUUGUGUCAACAAGACCAGCACGAACGCCCGUACACCGGACUCCACAAGCAAACACUUCAAGCAUGUCAAAAUAUUCAAGAGCAAGAGCUAGUACUGGAGCCGAAUCUCCUUUCGACUUACCAUCGAAGGACGACGAUAGCCUCACGAGCUGCCCACCCUUUUCGGUGCCAAACUAUAUGGUUCCUACAGUUUCAGCAAAAGCGAAAGCAAGACCUAAUAGUAAUCCAAAGGAGAGGUUUCCAGGGACUCCAAGCAGUGAAAAGAGGAGACUUUCAUUUCCUUUAACACAAGGCAUUGGAUCUUUCAAGUGGAACAAAGGGUCAUUGUUCUCUGGUGGCAAGGACUCACCUUCUCAAAGGGUUUUGGAUAAACAUGAAUCAGUUCAGUCUGUAGGAAAUUUGAGUGUGGAUUCAACAGUAUCUAUGCCUGCCACUGUUGGAAGAAAGCCAUUUAACCGAUUUGUGUGAUUUUUUUUUCCUUUCUUGGGUAUAUUUUAACAUUUUUUUCCCAUAUUUUUGGUGUCAUUUGAUUCGAGUGUAUGGUGAUAUUUUGAGUUACAGAAUACUGAUGUAAUAUAAUAAAAGCAACUAAUAGGAAAUGAUGGUUUGAGUGUAAGAGUUUAUAUA